GUGUUCCACUGUGGUAUACAUUUGUUUAUUUUUGUUGUUCUUUUAUUAUUAAAUGUAAAAUUGGCCACUAUUUCUUGCACAUCAGUUUUAAAUUCCAGUGAGAAAAGGUAUACUAAACUAUGGCUCAUCUUCCAGUUCAAAAUCCGCAAGGGCUAACAACAAGACAACAAAUAGCACAGAUUCAUUGCAGUAUACAACAAGAACUCGACCGAAUGGGCGAUUUGCUUGAUGCGUUAGACCAAGAAUAUGAAGAAUACCAGGCUGCGAUUCCAUCAUCUGCCAGGACCCUUGCUGCAUCUGCAUGUAGCGCAGGAAAUCCACCAACGGCAGAAGAUGUUGUUAUUCAGUAUCAGCAACUCGAAAACGAUGCUCUUGAUGAAAUGAGAAACAACAGAAACCAGAACGAGGUCCUCCAACAAAGUAUGGCCGCAAUGCAGAAGAUUCCUGAAACCAAAACAAACCAGGGGAACCCCCCAUCAUGAACUUCAUAACAAGUUAGUACAUUUAAGUUGUGACAAGAAAUGUUGGUGGUCUAGAUCGAGCAAAAAAUGUAAAUUGCGGUCUUACGUACAAGAUGAAAUAUUAUGUAUUCAUUUUAAAACGUUUAAAGAGUAAAAUGUAUGUAUGAAUAAUUCA